CAUCGGUCUUUUUUGUACUUAAACAAUAGUAUUAAAAAACGUCUUUAUUUGCUUUUUAAAACAACAGGCUAAUUGUAUUUUUCACUCACUGGGCAUAACAAAGGGGACGGGUCACAUUUGUCAUUGGCAGGAUUUAUAUUAAGUUAGUGCGCUGCUAUUGGACCCUCUCCCAGUUUUCUCGCCACGGUCACGUGACCCGACAGCAUAGCUCUUCUCUGCCUGCAAACAGCUGUGAGCGAGACAGAGCGCAGGAGGGCUCUUCAGAAACAUGGGAGUAGAGAUCGAGACCAUAACCCCCGGAGAUGGGAGGACUUUCCCCAAAAAAGGACAGACAUGUGUGGUGCAUUAUGUAGGCUCUCUGACAGAUGGACGGAAGUUCGACUCUUCCCGUGACCGUGACAAGCCAUUUAAGUUCAAGAUUGGUAAACAGGAAGUGAUCCGUGGCUGGGAGGAAGGUAUUGCACAGAUGAGUGUGGGCCAACGUGCAAAGCUGACCUGUUCACCUGAUUAUGCCUACGGUAAUAAAGGCCAUCCUGGGAUUAUUCCCCCAAAUGCGACCCUCAUCUUCGAUGUGGAGCUUCUCAGUCUGGAGUGAUUUAAUGCUCUUCACUGCCUUUUGUUAAUUUUUCAUUACUUUAUUAAUGUUUCAAGUGUCAACAUUUUUAGUCUUAACAUUAGAAACCUGAUUAAAUCAAUUUUCUCUUUCUGCCAGGCCAUAUUAAUAUAAAAACUGUUAGUCAUUCUUCUCAGAACCAUCUUUAUUUGGCACCCCACCCUACAGUUUUAGGCACAUUAUGUAAAGAUAUGUGCUUUAUUUUAUCAGAGUUCCCCAACAUUUCAUCUUUUGCUUUGGUCACAUUUCAUCAGAAAUAAUUAUUUAUUAUUUUUCCAAUAUUUUACCUGUUUAAUUGACACAAUAUCACCAAAUCACCAAAAACCUUGCAAUGUCCUUAAUCCUGAAACUGAACCCUUGAAUGAACCCUUUAGACUUCUCUUCUCUUGUGACUUUUUCUUACACUGUGAUUGUUGUUGGCUUGAGACUUAAGUACAAAUUUGUUAAAGAAUCGGCGACCUUAUCCCUGAAUAGUAAUCCAAAAAAAGAGAACAUAUAUUUAUCUUAAAGAUGUUAUGCUUGGGAUAAGAAAAUGUGCACAUUUAUUGCAUUGUUGCAUUUUAGAUUGAAUAAAUUAAUCAAUUAAAUGUAAUUAUUUUUAACAUUAUAGAAAGUUUGUCAUUUCCAGUCAGAAUUGUUGGGUUUGAACAAGUCUGCUGAUUUUAAUUAGUACAAAGAAGCAUAUUCUUGAUUCAAUCCUUGUGCUUUAUUGUGUGUUUGACUCCUGCUAGACUACCACUAGUUUUGUAUAUUUACAAAGUGACCAUAUCAACUGAAAAAGUGCCAUCAUAUUACCUGAAAUCAAACUUUGUGGUAGACCAGGCUGAUUAUUAAUAUAAAAUGAUGACGUAUGAAGUGAUAGUACUGCUAUUUCUGUCAGCUUGAUGUGCAACAUUUUUGAUAUAUAGUUUUUGUUUAUUGUUUGCUCUAUUUUAUUAACAUGCAACUAUUUGGAAAUGUUUUAAAUGUGUUUAUUUUGUUCUGUGUUUGAUUAGGUCGUGUAGUUGAGUAGUUGGCACAUUUGGCACUGUAACAAUGGAUGCAUGCCAUUAUCAUUAAUACUGAUGCGUGUGUUGAGUUUCAUGAAAUUCUGAGCAUGUUAUCUGCCUCAAAAUCACCAGAAAAGAAUAUUCAAGUGUGACACAUUGCCAUGGCAACAGUAUUUUAGAAAUCAAUAUCCCUUCAACAGUAUUACAACGGCCGUGUUUUGACAUUAUUCUGAUGAAGUUUGAAGCAAAUCGAGUAAAAAUAAGAUGCUUUAGUGCUGAAGGAUUUUGUGAUCAUGUUUCACUGUUCAUUGUCUCAUCAAAUCUCAAAACAAUCCAUUAACUAGCUAAUUUAUAUCUAUAAAUGAUGGGCACUUUCUGUUCUCAUGGAGUUUGGAAAAUUAGUUUUCAUUGAUGGAAAAAGAUCUGAAAAACAAAAUUAAGGGUUGUGGCUUCUUAGUACAUUGUGACAUACAUAUGGCAUACACUACUUGCCAUUCAUAUUUACAUAUUGAUGCUAAAUUAUUUGCAGCCAUUCAUGGUUGUUAAUGUUGACCGUGCUGUUUAGACAAUAGAUGUGAUUAUACUGGAUGCAGAUACAGUGACAGUACUCUUUUGUAUUGACGUGGAAAUCAUUUUGAAUUUAAAGGACAUCUGCAGAUGCUUAAAUACUUGAGCGGAUGCUGGCAAUUUCUGUGAUUACAAGUCAAGCAUCAAAUAUAUGGCUUUAAUAUUACUGUAAUGCACUGUUUAUUUAUGUAUUGUCUUAAAGACAAUAAAAUAAUUAAAAAUGUGCUAUAAAGUGCUUUUACAUGUUUUGGAAAA